AUGUACGUACCUGACGAGCGUGUAAUCCAACCGUGGAGAGAAGACAACGGUUGGUGCGCAUCACCAGGCUUCACUAAACAAACGCGCGCUUCUAAUCAAAUAGCCAAUAGCCGCCUUCCUACUAAUCCUCAUUCACAACACACCAACUGUCGUGAGGCGUAAGCGGAGCGGCGCUUACACUAUGGCUACCAAGGAGGCGGUCUGGCUUUGACAAGUUGCCACCAAUCUCUACGUCCCUCAGCAAUUGGCAACGAUCAUCCAUGAGGACAACCAGGCUACCAUCAAGAUUGCCAACAACCCUACGCAUCAUGCGCGUACCAAGCAUUUCGAUGUUGUUCAUCAUUUUGUGAGCGAGCGAGUUGGCUUCGGUGAGGUCAAGCUCGUCUACUGCGACACGGACUCAAUGGUCGCCGACACUCUCACCAAAGGUCUCGGUCGUAUCAAGUUCGAGCGUCAUCGUCAAUCGAUGGGAAUGGUUCAGCUUUCGAACAUCGGAACCAGGGGAAGUGUCAACGACAAGUCUGUACAUUAG